GCAAAAGCGCGGCCGCGGCACGGCAUUUGGCCGCAUCGAUACCUUUCAGCCUGUGCUGUUUGUGCAGAUUGACGCUACGUACUCCCAACCUCGCGCCACAACGAUACAAGCAGUGCCAAACGCCGACGACGCGACCCCAGCCUCGUACAAAAAAGAGCUCGAUUGCGCGCGCCGCGAUGGCCUCUCAUCAAACCCUGGAAGCCUUAGCGGCCUGGGCGCGCACCUUCGAGGGCAGCGAAAACGCCACGACCACUUCAUUAAGCAAGGACCUCGCCACGGCAUUUUCAAUUAUUAGCGAGACCCCGUGCACCCCCCACAAUUUACUGAGGCGACUGAAAAGGUGGUACGCGCAAGAACUGUCGCGAGACGUCUCUUCAUUAAUAGACGAGGCUUCCGACGACGUCGUCAAGCAAGCGUCACUCGUAUUGGGCGCGGCCGUGCAAGGGUCACAACGAGAGCACCACAUCACCAUUAUUAUGGGACUGGACGACACUGUACAAUCGGAGCUCAUGAUUUUAGUCCAGAGUAUCAUGAAUACGACGGCUCAAGCGCCGUCGUGCUCCGUGGAUGAUGUGCAUGAGGAGGACCGCUGGGCUUCUAUGCAAGAGAUCGCUCGCCUGAAGGAUGAAAAAACUCAAUUACAUGAGAAGAAUAACGAAGCGUUGGAAAAGGAAAGGCGCAAGUCCGAGCUAUCGUUACAAGCGAGAGACGAAGCUCUACAAGCUAAAUCAGCAGCUGAAAAAACACUCGAGAAGGUCCGGAGUACACUGCGGGCCUGCGAGCUCAGGGAGGAGCGGUGCCAAAGGGAAAAGCUCGAGUUAACGAAGAAAUGUGAAAGACUAGAAGCAUCAUUAUCAUCGUCGAGCGACGCCCACAAAACUUUAUCAGACGAACUCGACGUCGCGAGGGCACGAGCGCGGGACGCCGACGCCGCCGAGGCUAGAGUACUGAAACUCAAGAAGAAGCUCGAUGAUGUAAACUCAUCCCAAAGGGAGCUCCAGGAGCUGGAUGAGGCCAAUGCGAGGCACGUCCAGGAGAUCACGCGGCUGGAGGUCCUCCUGAGCAGUCGCGAGAAGCGCGACGCCGAUGUGGAUCAGUUACGGGUCGAGAAAGCUGCUUUGGACCAGCGCGUGUUUGACUUAAACAAAGCCUGUGAAGAUAAGGACGAGGAGCUACGAAGAUUAACGCUGCAGAAGGAAGAAUCCGACGCGCAGCGCCGCUUCUUCGAGGACGAACUCGCGUCGGCGCGACCGGCGCCGCAGUCGCCGGAGCAGAUGGCUCCGGUCUUCGAGGAGUCCGCUUCGGAGUUGCGAGAUCGCUUGCGAGACGCGCAGCGAAACGUCGCGCGUCUGGAGGCCGAGGCCGAGGCUCGCGCAGACUCGGAUGCGAGUGAAAUUGGAUCACUGCGAGAUAGAAUCGCCGAUUUGGAAUUUGAGAAGGCGCAGCUGCAGGAGCGCCCGCCGCCGCCGCCGCCGUCUCCAUCGUUAGACGCGACGCAGCGCAUGCAUGCUUUAGCAUUAAAAGACGCCACUAUUGCCGAUCUGAGGAAAAGGAUUGAGUCGAAUACGGACCUCGAGGAGUUGAAACGUAGGUACGACGAGGCGUCGAAAGCGGCGAUCCGCGACAGGGAGGCCCAGGACGCUACCAUAAUUGAUUUGGAGAAGCGCCUGGCCUCGGUCGCCACGGAGCGCGACCAGAUCAUCGGAGAUCUCCAAAGGCACCUCGCCGAGGAGUCGACGAACACGCUGAACGCCGUCGCGGCGCAGGACGCGACGAUCGCGGAUUUGAGGAGGAGGCUCGCGAAUAACACGUCCGAGGGCAUCGCGGAACGGGAUUCUAUAAUAGCUGAUUUAAGAGAACGCAUCGCGCGCAAUGCGUCAUCUCCCGCCGUGGAAGAUGCUCUGGGCGACCUGCGCCAGCGCGUCGCGGAAGCGCAGCAGCAGACCGCGGCCGAAUUGGCCGAGCGCGACGCGACGAUCGCGAAGCUCACGUCGGAUCGCGAGAAGCUCGAGACCUACACGAAGAAGACGCUGGGCAACGUCCAGGAGAAGUACUCGGUCUUGGUCCAGACGUACAAGAACCAGAUCCGGGACAAGCAGGAGCGUAUUAGUAGGUUGGAGGGCGAGCUCGAGAGACAUAGGAGGGAGCUCGCGUCGUCGCGGGAGUUCUCGGCGGUCACGCCGAACGGUGGUGGCGGCGAGACGUGUGUGUGAUGUGUAAGACAAGAUCAAGA